UUUUUGGAAUUAUUAGGCCUGGGCUUUACGCAUUUGAUAUCAGCCCGUUAAAAAUGCAGCCCAGAUGCUAAACGAUACCUGAAGAAACGCGGCAACGACUCCGGCGAAUCCUCAAAUCCCUAGAGAGAUCCUCUGGAUUCCCAAUUUCCUUCACCACCAGCCUCGUCGGGAAUCCAUGGAAGAUUGAGACCGUCACCUUAUUCCACCAUCUCCUGAAACCGCUCCAGAUACUGAUGGAUACUGAGCCUGUUCAACCAAAGCAAAAGCGACUGUCAAGAAAGAGAUGGACACCGUCACUCGACAAGGUCUUAGCUGAUCUGGUCGUUAAACAGAUCCAACUAGGAAACAGACAGAACAACGUCUUCGACAGGAAGACAUGGCUCAACAUACGUACCGACUUCAACCACCAGACAGGACUCAACUACAACAACAAUCAGCUUAGGAAACAUCUUAAUGUUCUGAGACAACGUUAUGAUUCGGUUAAAUCUUCUCAGCUUCAUAACCAGCUUGUUUUGGAGGAUACAGGAUGUAUCUUGGGGUUGGACUUGUGGGAAGAUUUUGAUCCUAGGAGUGAACCGGUUAAAGUUAAGGACUGUCCCAUCUAUGAGCAGCUUUGUACUAUAUAUGGUGAUGUUUCCUCUGUGGGGAUGUAUGCUCAGUCAAGUCACUUUGAAGGAUUAGAAGAGUCAAUGCCAAAUCAUACCUCAGAGAGUUUACCACCAACGCCAAAUGUGGAGAGAAAGAGGAAGAGAGAGGCGGAUACGAAGACUUCUUAUGUGUCGCCUAGCCAGAUUGAUCCAGCAGUAAUGGAAACUAUGGCAGGUGCUUUGUCAGACAUGAUGACUGGUUUGAGGUCAAGGAUGGUUGGUUUGGAGACGGAAGAAGAAGAUGAUAGGUUUAGUAUCGCGAACUGCAUCAAUGCGCUUGACGAGAUCGAGAAUGUGGAUGAAGGUGUUUACUUUGCAGCUUUAGAUCUUUUUGAGAGUCCUGGUCUUAGAGAGACUUUUAUGUCUCUUAAAGCUAACAAGUUGCGCUUGACAUGGUUGCAAGUUAAGUGUAGGAACAAACUUACUCCUUCAGUUGCACAACUAGGUUGACUUCAAGCUAUAUAUAUGGAUUUGGUCU